AUGCAGUCCUACUUGUUUCUGCUGUUCUCUUACCUGAUCGUCAGCGCAGCGGCGCUUAGCAGCCCGCCUGCAGGAGCCAUCACCGUCGGCGGGUCUAGCGGCAAAUACAAAACCUUGUCCGCCGCCCUCAAGGACACGUCGAGCCUCGUGUACUUCGUCUACUCCGGGACAUACACAGACACGGCGAUUAUUACUCGGUCGGGCGUGAAGGUGUACGGCCAGACGAACACACCGUCGUCCUAUACGGGGAAUACUGUCACCAUCACGAAUAACAUUCCGGCCUCGCAGGCGGGCUCCAACGAUGCGAGCGGGACGGUGCAAGUGCACGCCACGAAUGUGUCACUGUACAACCUAAACAUCGCGAACACGUACGGCAAGACGGUGGACCAGGCACAAGCGAUUGCAUUGAGUGUGCAGGCGGGCCAGUUUGGCGCGUACGGGCUCAAAAUUACGGGUGACCAGGAUACACUCCUCGCAAACGUCGGCGCGCAAUACUACGCGGACAGCUGGAUCGAAGGCGCCGUGGACUUUAUAUUCGGCAUGCAAGCCUCCGUCUGGAUCACCCGCUCCGUCAUCAACACGAUCGGGAGCGGCUGCAUCACCGCGUCCGGGCGCUCGACGGACGACGGGCUGUGGUAUGUCAUCGACAGCUCGACCGUGCAGGGCACCGGCACGGCGUUCCUCGGGCGCCCCUGGCGCGACUGGGCGCGCGUCGUGUUCCAGAAGAGCACGCUCGGGAGCAACGUACCAGCGGCGGGCUGGUCAAUUUGGAACGUCGGCACCCCGCAGACGGACCACGUUACAUUCGCGGAGUACGGCAACACAGGCCCGGGCGCGUCCGGGACGCGCGCGAGCUUCAGCACGAAGCUGUCCGCGCCGGUGGCGAUCAAGACGGUGCUGAACUCGACGAGCUGGAUCGACCCCGCCUUCCUCUAAAUGUUCCACGACGAUCCUCAGGACGCACGC